UAAACCGUCGCGAGGAGACGUUUCCGCCCACAAGAAAGAUGGCGGCUCCCUUGAUGGAGAAGCUGGCGGAGUCCUUAGGUUCCCCGGAGCCAGCGGUUCGACUCAUUUUAUCUAUUUUAAUCGGAUAUCCCUGUGCCCUGGUGUACCGGCGGUUCCUGUUCUACCAGUCUUCCACAGUUAUUAAUUUAUUCCACACAUUCUCUGGACUGGCUCUAGCAGCUUUCAACUUCGCAGGCUCUCAGAUUUAUCACUCCGCAGUAUGCGUCCUUGUCCAAUUCCUGAUGCUGAGACUCAUGGGAAGAACAGUAACAACUGUCCUGAGCAGCUUUACCUUUCAAAUGGUCUACCUGCUGGCAGGUUAUUACUACACAGCAACAGAAGAGUAUGACAUCAAGUGGACCAUGCCUCAUUGUGUCCUCAUGCUGAAACUCGUCGGGUUGUCAUUUGAUUUCUAUGACGGUGGAAAGGAACCAUCCCAGCUGAGUGAAGAGCAGAAGAAAUCAGCCCUGCCGUCUGUGCCCUCGCUGCUCGAGGUGUGCGGCUUUUCCUACUUCUAUGGAGGCUUCCUGGUGGGGCCCCAGUUCACGCUGCGAAGCUACCAGAGGCUGGUGGCGGGGGAGCUCACCGACUGCCCCGGAAAACCUCCCAACAGUGUUAUACCGGCUAUGAAGAGGUUUGCUCUGGGUUUUGUCUGCUUGGUGAUUUAUACAAUAUUUAGUCCCUAUUACCCAGACAGCUAUUAUUUAACAGAUGAAUAUGAGGCUCAGCCCUUCUGGUACCGCUGUGUGUUUAUUCUGCUUUGGGCUAAAGUCAUCUUGUAUAAAUACGUCAGCUGCUGGGUCAUAGCAGAGGGCAUCUGUAUCCUCUCUGGCCUCGGCUACAAUGGUGUUGUGGAGGGUCAGCACCAGUGGGACGCCUGUGCCAACAUGAAGGUGUGGCUCUUUGAAACCACGCCGCUUUUCGGAGGAACCAUCGCUUCCUUCAACAUCAACACAAACGCUUGGGCUGCCAGACAUGUCUUCAAGCGGUUAAAGUUCCUGGGAAAUAAGACCCUGUCUCAUGUGGCCACACUGUUGUUUCUGACGAUUUGGCACGGCCUUCACUCCGGAUACAUCUUGUGCUUCUCCAUGGAAUUCUUCAUCAUCACUGUAGAGCGACAGGCCCUGGCUCUGGUGAGGGACAGUCCCUUGCUGACGAAGCUGGCCAACAGCGCGCUCUACCCUCUCAUCUAUGUAGUCCAGCAGUUUAUACACUGGCUCUUUAUGGGCUACCCCCUAGUGCCAUUCUGCCUCUUCACCUAUGACAAAUGGCUCAAGGUGUAUUCGUCCGUCUAUUUCUGUGGUCAUGUAUUCUUCCUUGUAGCCUUUUUACUCAUGCCAUACCUCCGUAAGGCACUGGUGCCUAAGAAAGAACGGAGCCAGAAGAAGCAGGAAUAAAAUUUGGUACUAAGACUUGGCAUGGUCCGUCUGAGGCUAAAUAUCCACUGAAGGGAACUGUGACUUUUCGAGGAAAAGAACGGAAAAUAUUUUAAGGCCUUUAGUAAUAUAUAUGUCCAUGUAAAAAUAAAUUUCUAUAUAUUUUUGUGUUUUAAAUGGGAAGGGUGUUUUUAUAAACAUUCAAAGAAAUGUUUACAGGAAAUUACCAUUGUGCCACGUGGGGUAAUUGUGAGCCAAUCAGGGGUGAUUUCCUGUUUGUUUAUUAUUCUCUCUUGUUGUUCAUUUUAAGUCAUGUGGGACUUGUAGAACUUGAGAGACUUACAUGCUGUCGACACAGAAUUGCACUCACCGGUCACGGGUUCAGAGUCCGUCACUGACUCCGCUGUGUUUUAUGUUUCAUUUCCCCGUCUUUUGUCUAGCACCUGCAUUUAGCAGCAGCAUUAAGCCUCGGCAGGAGGUUUGAGCACAGCGCCAGUGUGUGCGGCGCUCUCUCGUGGAUUAAGACAACGUGCAUACAGCUUUCUGCAAAAGCCACAUGAUAAUAAUAAUAAUAACAAUAAUAAUCAGGGGGGUUAUUUUUUUUUAAAUGGCUGCCAGUGGUUAUACAAGCACUGUAAAUCACAGACACUGUACAUUAACACCGACUCAAAAUGGCCUUGUAUUAAUGAAUGUUUUUACAGUACAUAUGUCCGGGUUUUAAUUUGAUUUGUGAUGAGAGAGAGAAAAAAAAAAAAAAGAUUUGAUUUUAUAGAGUUUUAACAGCUUUUAUGAAAAAGAAAUUUUUUUAUCUUUGGAUAAGAUUUCAUGAAUGGAUCCGCAUCGUUCUCCUGCCUUUCCUCAUGUGAUGUUGUGGUUGUUUUUCUUGCCAUACAUCCUCCUCUUCCUCACUCCAGACUAUGACUCUCCUCUCGUCUCUCCGCCUCAGGCCCUCAGUUCUGAGAUGCACAGUUUGUCGAAGUUAAUCAUUUCAUAAAAAGACUUACUCACUGCCCAAACAUAGUCACUACAGUUUAAUGUUCAGACCCUCACCCUGGUUUUAUAAACAAGACGCAUAGGAUGUGUCUUGAGUUGAGGUAUUGUCUCAUUUUAACUUUAAAACAAAAACAAACAAAAAAAUCUACACUUAUAUUUGAUUUCCACAGUUUCACCUGUUCCUCUACUUCUAACAGGCGAUGGGGGGGAAAAAAUGAGCGAAGUGCAAGCAUCCCAUCCCUCUGUGGGAAUACUUUGUUUUUCGGGAUGGGGGGCUGGAUUGUCUGAAAGCGUGCAGGAGAGCAGCCCGGCCCUGCUGCUGCCGUCCCUUCACUGAAGCUGACACACAGGGAGGAUGAACCUCGCUGUAGCUACAGCCCAGAUUUUAGUAAUAUUUAUACAUGACAUGGUGAUGAUUAAUUAAUGUGAACUGCUAUUUCAAGAGACUACUUCUUUGCCUUAUUCCUACCAAAUGUACACAGGAAAAGAAAACUUGGAAUUGAUGAGGGGGGAGUGAUUUUUUUCAAAUACGCUUUUAUAACUUCAUUAAAAUGCUGCAUUUCAAGCAA